AUGCAACAGCCGUCCUCUCAGGUCUCUUUUCCACAAUCCCGAGCUCAUCUCAAGCGCCAAGCUUCAAAGCCAGCCCUGGUCGAACUCUCCGACACGUCUUCAUCCGACGAUGAGGCGGCGGGGAACGGGAGCACUGCUCAUUCGACAUCACUUUUUGCUCCCAACAAGCGCAUCAAAGUGGCCGCCGAGCGAAAGGACGACCUCCCUUACAACCCAACCAUCAAUUCUUCGGACGAUGGUGGUAGAAAUGCUAAGACCGCGGACUCAGAUGUGAAGAACACACCGGCGGGGCAUGUAUAUCGGUACAAGCCACUUCCAAAAGAGACGUACAAGCGCGUCGAAGAAGCUCAACCUUACGGCGCAAGAUGCCCCAUCACUCUAAUGGACAACUUCAUGCACUUGUUACAAUUGGCGCAUCUAAUCCCUCGAGCUAUAGAGCUUUUGACUGCACAAAAGAUUGCCUGUGUUCGUGGAAUGAGCAGAGAUGCGUUCAACUCUGGAACCAGCGCGAAUCUUCUUUACUUGAAGCCGGAAAUUCACGCCGCUAUGGAUGCAGGUCUGUGCAUGUUUGUACCGCCUAUGCCUGUUCUCCUGGCUGCACGCUACGCGAUGAAGAACAACGGCAUGCCUCCACCUACGUUAGAGGGCGCAGAACAGAACGGAAUCAACAUGCACAUUAAGGAUACGUCGGAGAAUGCGGCAGGAUACAUUCAUCACGAGCAGCUCUUCGAAAAGAAUUUCCACCGACUGCAUCGGUUUCUUCCCCUCGCUCGCUGGAAUCGCAAGCACACCAUCGAUAGGCCCGUCUUCUACGGAAGCACGUCUACUCCGAGCGGCGCGUUCGAACACAGUAACAAGUUCAAAGUCAAGCAUUACCGUUGGCCAUUCACUGGCGACGACGACCUUCCCGAGGUGCUCUUGCACAACGAUCCCUGGUGUAUAAUCUACAAUGGACACCGUGCACUCAAGAAAUGCUCGUCCGCCCCUCGCACGCCCCCGAGGGCAGAUGAUACGAGUUCCGCCUUCCAUUCUGGCUCCGAAUCCGACUCCGAUUCUGACACCGACGGCGAAUCGGUUUCUGGAGAUGCUCAGUCUCGUUCCGUAUCCUCGAAGACCAGCUCUGAGAACGCGCGAGCUGACUCCGAAGACACUCGUUCUGGUUCUGAAGACGCACAGUCUGGUUCUGAAGACGCGCAGGAUGCUGCCGAAGACGCGCAUGAUGCUCUCGAGGACGCGCAGGAUGUCUCUAUCCUUCAGGACUAUUUUGCGAAGCAUCUCCAGCUUAUCGUGGAAAUCGGACAGUAUAUCGAUGAUCUGGAACUACCUUCCGCUUUCCUCCAGAGCCCUUUGAAGCGACUAAGCGAUGAUGAAGCUGACGGGUCCGAGCUCUCGUCGACCGAGGCUUCCAUCGCUGACUCGAAGAGCGUGCGGCGGAAACUGUUUGCUGAAAUAGAGGACCUAGAGUACUAGACAAUAUGGCGGAAAUUUGAGUUGAACGAGACUACCAGAUGUCAUGCAUUAGAGCAGUCAAGUCCAAUUUAAAUCGCCCUCGGAUCGUGGCUGAGACCAUGCACUUGGCGAGUUCAGCCCCAUGGGUCGCGCUGAAGGUGUUUGGAGAUCCAGUUUGGCCAGGCGCGUCAUAAAUGCGUG